AUGAAGUUAUCUACUAGUGGCCUACUGGUCAGUCUAGCAGCUUCUGUACUUGCAGAAGAUCUCCUUUUUGUCGAUAAAUUCGAAUAUAAAGAGUUUGUGGAGGCAACAUCUGUCCUUGGAUAUACCACAAAGGUGGUCAGUGAAGCACAAUGGAAGACAAUGACAACAGCCGAGUUUGCUGCUUUCAAAGCUAUUGUCAUUGCCGAUCCAGAUUGCUCAACAUCACCAAGUGAUGUUCAAUUCUUGACUGAUACCAAAAAUACUUGGGGACCAGCAGUUCAAGGAAACAUCGUCGUUAUUGGUAGGAGCUCACAUCAAUUUUUGAAUUCUUUACAUGAUUACUAACCUGUAUAUCAGGCACGGAUCCUACUUUCCACUUCUCAGCUCAACCUGGCGCUAAAGUUUUGAUCGACAACUCCAUCAAAUUCGCAGCAUCUGGCAAAAGUCUUGCAGGUGCUCAACAGACUGGUCUAUAUUAUGCCUUGUCUUGUUACUACAACGGUGUGGAUUCCGCGAAAGUAGAAUCUCUCUCAUACUUUGGAGAUUUCACCGUCCGAGGAAACCUUGCUUGCUACAACAAAGCUCAUAUUGUUGCAUCUUCCCCAGCACUCGGAACUCUUGAUGAUACCGCUUUAUCCAGUUGGUCUUGCAGUGUCCAUGAAGCUUUUUCUAGUUAUCCAUCCGUUGGAAUCAAUGGUUUCGAAGCUCUUGCUAUUGCUCAAGAUGUUAUUGGUGAGGGGUCGCAAACUUUCGGUGACAAGACAAUUGGAUUACCAUAUAUCAUUAGUCGUGGUGCAACUCCAGCUGGAUGUGGUGAUGGGAUUUGGGAAGCGUCAUUGAAUGAAGAGUGCGAUGAUGGUAAUGCAGUAGCUGGUGAUGGAUGUUCGGCAAGUUGUAAGUGUGAAUCUGGUCGCCCGACUGGUGAUGGACACUGUCUUCCAGCUUUGACACCUAACACCACAACUCCGAUUCACACUCCAUCUGCAUCUGCCACUCUUCCAACAUACCAUCCAUCAGGAUCUGGUGGGCUUUCUGGACCUUAUGGAAACAAAACUGUCAUUUCAACUAUCGAUAAUAACAGAACUGUGACUGCCACCAUUCAUGAUGUCUCCACUGUCACUACGUAAGUAAUCUGUGAUUGGCGAAUAGUCUGUUACUAAAUGUUUUCAGAACUUUCAUUCCUCCAUAUGUAACUCCAUCAUGUCCAACCGGAGACAAGAUAGUAGGUGUUGAAAUCAUCGUCUAUGUAUCCAUCAUUGAAUCAUGUCAUACCAUUGGAGACAAGACUGGUUAGUUCUCUACCCUUCAUUCUCUAUCAACGCCACUAACAAAUAAAUGAGUCACUUCCUACAUCACAAGUGAUUGCUCUACAGAACAUAAGCCAAUCUGGAGUACAUCAACCGUAGGAUAUCCUUGCUACGCAUGUGCUUUAUCCAGCGCAGGUAUUCCAUGCCCAACUGGAGGUUUCAUCACCGCCACCACAACAUCAUGCCACGAAACCGCAGUCCCAACGUCCUACACCUGGAUACCAAUUCCACCCACCAUCCUCCCAUGCAAAACUUGUCUCCCAUACACCAUGCCCACAUGUCCAAUAUACAGCACACUUCCCCCCUCAUCCAUCUACAUCGUCCCAGCUCCCACACUCGGAACUCACUCCGAACCCGCAUCUCGUAUAGCCGAAACUUCCAUCUAUGUGCCUGCCCCAUCGCCUAUUACAUAUACAACUUCCAUCUACGGCGUCGGCAUCACUACUUAUAUCACUUACCCAGCCGGUCCAAGCGCCACUGUCAUCGUGUCAGAAAUUAAAGGUGAAGCUCCAUCUACAAUCAUCACUUAUGUUGCUCCCUCAACAGCUCCUACACAUGCAGUAACCACUGUACCCGUUUGUCCACCCGGUGGAUGUAAACCAGUACUAGCUUCUUCCACUGUCCGGAUUCCAGCAGGCCCAGCAGGAACUUCUUCAAUCUUGGGUUAUUCUACCUACGUACCAUUUACCGGCGCAGCAACCCAUCUUGCUAAUGCUAAUGUGGCAAUAUUGGUUACUGUAGUCUGUGGUGUUUUUGGUCUGAUGAUUAUUUUGUAG